AUGGGAGCCUCAACCUCAAAAACAGUCAGAGCUCUUCCUAAACGCCCCGCUACCCCACACCCCCCGUGGUCAGGUGCUCGUCCAUCUCGUCCCACGCAAGCUGCUAGUGAAACAAAGAAUCAAGGUAAAAAAAAUAUGGUGUGGUUUGAGUUCACCACUCAAGCUGCUCUUCAGCUUGGGCAAGUACGCGUAGAUCACCAUAUGCAAACCGUCAACCUGGAACAGACUGUCAGGAAUACCUCCAACUCGCGUUUACAUGCUGAAGCCGACGCUGCCACCUUGAACCACAUCCCCGCUUCGACAUUCAGUAGACUUCUAGAUGAGCGCAAAGCAGUCCGCACUCGCCGCGACAUGCAGUUUCUUGCCAAACGGUUUGGACUUGAAGUGGAAAAACUGGAUUUGGUUGCUCAGUUUGUUACCACGCCGAGUGUCCGCGCAAACUCCCAGCAACGAGUGGCGCAACAAGAUGGCAGCGACAGGUAUAUAAUGCAGGUGAAAUCCAAACAGGCUGUCGUCAAAAAUGCCAGCUAA